AUGUCUCAGGAAACUGGGACAUACUUCCUUUUCCUGCUCCUUUCCCUGAGCCAUGGAGUGGCGAGUCCCAGAGUUCUGACGUCCAGGCAGGAUUUGCAUCUAUUGUUGCAAAAAAUGGCUGAAGAAAUAAUAGAUGGAAGCUAUCUGAAUGCAUUACUGGAUCUCAUACAGUUUCAAAGCUCCCACGUGUGGACGGCAGACCUCUCCCACAGCGUCCUGGCCUAUCUGAAUUCACGGGACGUGGCCUUCACCAUCCCUGGUCUGCAGGCAGCCAUGGGAAACCACCUGCAGCAGCGGGUGUACCAGCCGCAGAAACUGCUGGAGGACCUGAGGGAAACAGAUGACCGGCAGUUCCACACCGCCAUGAAAUGCCUUUUAGAAGACAAGAAGGACCGCUUGGAGCUGGGAGACAUCGUUAUUGACCUGGCAGAGAUUCGGAAACAAGCCUUGCAGACCCCAGGCGUGAACCGCAGCCUGUUUCUCAUCACGCUGGAGAGGUGUUUCCAGGUGCUGAGUCCCCUGGGGUGCGUGGAGAUCCUGGGCAGGCUGCUGCAGGGCUCCUCGGGCAGCUUCCUCCAGCCGGACAUUGCGGAGAGGCUCCCCCGGGACCUACGUGAGGACGCCUUCAAGAACCUGUCGGCGGUGUUCAGAGACGUCUACGACCAGACCUCAGCCCGCUCGCAGAGGGCCAUCUACUCCUGGAUGAAGCGGGUUCUGCGCGCCUCUUCCAACGCCACCGAUGACUCUGUUUCAUGGGUGAGUGCAGAAAGCUUAUGGAUUUUGGGCAGAUAUAUGGUUCAUCUAUCAUUUGAAGAGAUUCUGAAAAUCAGUCCGAGAGAAAUGGGGUUGUUUAUCAGCUAUGACAACGCCACCAAGCAGCUGGACACGGUCUAUGACAUUACUCCUGCACUGGCCCAGGCGUUUCUGGAGAGGAUUGGCUCCUCCAGCUUUGACAUGAGAAACACCUCCACCAUCCACAGGCAAGGGGCGAGGGCGCUGGGCCCUUGGGCUCUUCACCCUCUGCCAACCCCUCUUAUGUCCCCACACAGGCUGGGGCUCCUGGUUUGUUUCUACGAUGACUUGGAGCUGCUGGACGCCGCGGUGGCCCAAGUCCUCCUGCACCAGAUGAUCAAGUGCAGCCGCCUGCGGGGCUUCCAGGCUGGUGUUCAGAAGCUCAAGGCCGACCUCCUGGACAUUGCCACGGAGAACCAGACCCUCAACGAGACUCUGGGCUCAUUGUCCGAUGCGGUCGUGGGCCUGAGCCUCCCUCAGCUGGAAUCACUCUCCCCCGAGGCUGUGCACGCUGCCAUCUCCACCCUCAACCAGGUCUCUGGCUGGGCCAAGAGCCAGAUCAACAUCUUGUCUGCCAAAUACUUUGCCCAUGAGAAGGUGCCGUCCUUCCACAACCUCAGCCAGGUGGGCGUGCUGCUGGCGGGGGUGGGCACCCCUGCCUUGUACGCCAUGGAGCGUGGCGACCUCGCACACAUCCUGAGAAGCGCCGUCGUGCUGCACAUGCCGGAUCUGUCACCUGCCCAGCAGCAGGGGGUCCUGAGAAAGAUGAUUGAAGCAGAAGAUACCACCUCUGGCAUCGUGGAAAUCCAAGGGGCUUUCUUUAAAGAAGUGUCUCUUUUUGAUUUAUGGUGGGAACCUGGAUUCAACCUCACAGUCCUGAAGGAAAAAGAGCUUCGGUGGAGUCAGGCCCUGUUCCUGUAUGAGUUGCUGUCAAAGACAACGAGAAGGCCCGAGGAGCUCCUGAGCACCGGGCAGCUGGUCAAAGGCGUGACGUGUUCCCACAUUGAUUCCAUGAGUGCAGACUCCUUUCUGGCCCAUUUCCACUAUUUCGAGAACAACCUCUUGCUGCUUUCACCAUAUCAGGUUAAUUGUUUGGCGUGGAAAUACUGGGAAGUUGCCAGGUCCUCUACGCCGCCCUUCCUCUUGGCCGCACUCCCGGCCCGCUACCUGGCUUCUGUCCCAGACUCGCAGUGUGUGCCCUUUCUGAUCAGCCUGGGCAAGAGGCAGUUGGACUCCUUAGUCUUAGAUCCCCACAAGAAGAAUUCGGUCCUCAGGAAAGUGCAGCAGUGCCUGAAUAAUUCCAUUGCUGAUGAGUUUGACGUGGACAUCUUGGGGAACCUGCUCUGCCACUUGCCAGCGGACAUCAUCCACGGAGUGUCCUCCAGGGCCUGGGCCACAGCCCUGCACAGCCUCAGAGACUGUCCAGACCUCAGCUCGGAGCAGAAGGCUGCGGUGAGGUCCAGACUUCUGGAGCAGCACGGACUCCCCCAGAACUGGACAGCUGAGACCACGAAGGACUUGGGACCCUUUCUAGUCCUUUUCUCUGGGGAUGACUUAAGCUCUAUUGCCACAAAGUUUCCUGAUAUCCUUCAACAAACAGUGAGCAAGAUGGCCGGGCAUCUGCUCCCCCGAGAAUUCCUCUGGGCUGUCUUUGAAUCUGUUCGGAACAACAGUGAGGAGAGCACCCGCUUGGACCCCAGCCCCGGCUGCCGCGGAGUCCUGGCCCCCUCUUCUGAUGACAUCUUCAAGUUGGCGGAAGCCAAUGUCUGCUGGGCCCCCGCGGACUUGCUCUGCAUGGAGGAAGAUACGUUCAUCAGGAACGUGGAGCUGCUGGGGGCCGUGAGGGGCUUCAGCCGGGCUCAGCUGCUGACCCUGAAGGAGCAGGCAGUCCAGGCUUGGGACCUGCCUUCUUACUGGAGAGAACAUCAUAUCAUCUCCUUGGGGCGCAUUGCUCUGGCUCUUAAUGAGAGUGAAUUGGAGCAGCUGGAUCUCAGUUCCAUUGACACUGUGGCUUCCCUAAGCCAGCAAACAGAAUGGACCUCAGAACAGUCUAGAUCUAUUCUGCGAGGGUUCCUGGAGGAUUCAGGCUAUAGUAUCCAGGACUUGAAGAGCUUCCACUUAGUAGGACUUGGUGCAAUCCUGUGUGCUAUGAACAUCACUGAAAUCUCACUGAUAAAGAUCUCAGAAUUCAGGGUGGUGGUAGCCAGAAUUGGCACCCUGCUCUGCAGCACCCACGUCUUGGCUGAGUUUAAGAGGAAGGCGGAAGUUGUUUUUGGGGAUCCCACUGACUGGUCCAGCUCUGUCUUGCAGGAACUCGGGACCAUUGCAGCUGGAUUAACUAAGGAAGAGCUCCGAAUACUCGACAAGGAUUUGAUGCCAUAUUUCCAGCCAUCAGCAAUCAAAUGCCUUCCUGAUGAGAUAUUCAAAGAGCUGUCCGCGGAGCAGGUCGCGUCCCUGGGCCCCGAGAACGCAGCCGCCGUGACCCCCGCCCAGCGCCGGCAGCUCAGCGCGCUGCAGCUGCAGAGCCUCCAAUGGGCGCUAGAUGGCGCCAAGACCCGCGCCUGGCUCGACGCGCCCCCGAGCAGCAGCCCCGCCCGGACGCCCUCUUCGCCUUCAACCCGGGGAGCCUCCGCCUCCCGGGGUCUUGGGCUCGGCUGCCCUCUGCUGGUUCUGCUGCCCAGGAUUGCGUGGUGA